AACUACGACCACAUACGACUUUUAUUUUGUAUGUUCUGAUUUCCGGUUAGUUUCUGCUUCAAAAUAAAAGUCCUAUUCGUAAGCAAAGCGUUACUUGCACCGUUUCGCGAAUAACAAUGAAUUAGUCUUGAAGAAUGACCAUUGUUAGUCAAAUCCUUGUUUAUGACCGAAUAGCAGAAAUGUCACGAAGAAAACGUUGUUAAUAUGAUCUUUAAAAUGAAAGAUAAUCUUAAAAAAGCCUUAUGCAUACAAAUACAUUUAAAAUGAAUUUUAGUAAUAUUUUGGAUGAGUUUGAAUUAUAUUUCUGUUUAACAAAAGUAUGUUUUUAUGAGCAAAAAAUGGCAACAAUUUGUUUGAGACGCAUUAAAUUACACAAAAGAAUCACUGGGUGGUGUUUGAACCUGAACCGGUUCAUUGAAAUGAACUGUUCGAAUAAAUUGAAUCGCGGAAAUGGGCUGGAUUUCCCUGUGCACAUGAUGCCAUGGAAACGCGACGCUCUCCUGGAUUGACCAUAAAUGAUCUCUGGAAAAUAACAGUUCGCUAGCGGUAACAGCAAAGCUCAGAAUGUCCCACAAAGCAGUUAAAGUGAUCAUUGAACUUCAUUUGAGGGCGGUGAGGAUCUUUCGAUAAUUGUCUUAGUAAGAUAACUGUUGCGUACUUAAAGAUAACCUGUCCAGGUGUGCAUCUACCAGCCAAAGAUGAUGUUUACCUCAGUGUGAGUCUUAUGAAUCAAUACCGGAAGUCAGAAUGUCUUCCUGCAGUGUUUCCAUUAUUGGUUCGGGAGAAAAUAAGGUUUGAAAAGAUCCUGAAUGUCUCCACCGAUCCUGCAGCAAUAGCAGAACUCCUGCAGUGUGAACCAGUGAAAAUAGAACUCAUUCAGUUGAUUCCUCCAGCUGGAGAAAUAUUGGCCAGUUUUGAAGAAGACGCCAGAAGUUUUCUUUUCCCAGAGCCAAAGCUGGUCCCAUCUUUCUCUGGAGUAGAGAGAGAGGUAUUAAUGACACGGCAUCCCAAUUUUCCUGGUAUCUCUCCAAGAUUAGAGUUCUCCACAAAGACCACAAUCAGUGACAUCUUCAGUAACAAUGGCUUCCAGAGUCUUCCUGUGAGGGCAAUAAGGAAAACCUCUAAAAAGUCACGGAAACAGCAUAUCACCUCAUCCCAAAGACAUUUCCCGUCUGCUUCAUGGAGUCAGAGAGAACACCGCAACAGAGAUCAGGUUCAGAGAUCAGGUGGACGGUCCUCUUCCCAUUGUUCACCCGUCUCUGACAGAAACUCCAGAUUAAGGAGUCUUUCACCACAUCACUCUAAACCAUCAAGAGAAGCAGGAGACCUGAGAAGAGGCUAUUCCAGACAUUGGAUGGCUGAUGAAGACUCUUCAGACACAGAUGAUCUCCUCGACUACGCUGAGGAAGUGGGCCGUCAUCAUUCCCUGAUGGGAUAUGAGGGAUCUCCCAGCCCAAAUUACUCCAGCAAGGAACGCCAGAGGCACAAUGGCUCUUCUGACCUUUGGGAGGAGGUUCAGGAACGGGUUCAGAGCCUUUUAACAUCUCCUAAAGCAGUUCAUAGACUAGCAAGUGGUGCCACGGACUCUGAGAUAGACGAGGUACUGAUACGGAGAUGUGUUUUGGCCCACUCAUGCCCAUUUUAAACACCAGUGUGUUAUAAGAAAGUGAUGAAGCAGAGGACCCUGUGAUGUCUUGUGGCAUUGCAUCAUUUUUCAUUCAAUUAUGAGUGUGUUUGUUUGUAGUUGUGUAUGUAUUGCAGUAUUGAAGUGAAAUAGUAUAUUCCAUGUGUUUUUAAAGCACACUGGUUCUCAAUCCUGUUCCUGGAGGCCCCCAAAAAGUACACACCUGAUUCAGCUCAUAAACUUGUGACAAUGGAGACCAAAAUAGACAUUUGUGAUGCUAAAAUGGUACAUGUGUAAUAUAACCCUCAUAACAAAAAAGUUGUGAUGCAGUAGCAUUGCACAUCGUCAUAAAAGUGUUUGACAUGCACCGUUUCACAAUGAGAUUCCUUAAUAAAAAUCUAAAUAAGGCAAAGGUCCAUUAAUAACAUAGAAAAACUCUAGAAAAAAUCUUCCAUUCAGCAGUGCUUUGAUGACAUCCUUUCUUCUUUUUUUUUUUUGCAUUUGCAUUUGCAUGCAAAUGUUGCCUUUCAAUUAUUAGCAAUUAAAAUGAAAUCCCUUCUUUGGUUGAUUAUGAAGUUCAAACGGCUUAUUCUGUUUGUGUCAGGGAGCCUCUGGUGUGUUUUGUCUACCGCAUUCCCCCCUCGAGUAAAAUGAAGAACAUCCGUCUAUGCCACUUUAUAAGGUACACCUUGCUAGUACCGUGUUGGACCCACUUUUGCCUUCAGAACUGCCUUAACGGAGUAAGUUAGUUCAUUUAUAAAAAAAAACAUUUGCUGAUAAUUUACUCACC